GUACUGUCCGAGGCUUCUUGUAGCUAAACACGUCACGUGACAGGUUGAUGAUAUCAGGGAAGGGUUGUAUUAUCUGUUGGAACUUUUUAAUCCCCACGUGACAAAAUACAUUAUGUCAUAUAAAAAGAGUUGGAAUUAUUUGUUUUAAAUAGAUAGUUAGCAGCGUCACACAUGGUAGGUUGGAGGGUGGAAUUAUUCACAUUUUUCAAAUGUUACUUCAUUACUUGCGCGAAAAAACCGCUAGUAGUGUGUAAAAUUUUCCACAGCUGUUAGCCUAUACAAAAUAUGUUACUGAUAUACAACUUCAGUGGACGAUAUACAACAGCUAUUGUGUAAAAACCGAUAACAUUCCGAACAUCGAUUGAAAAACGCAGAAUGCAGCUAAAAAUGUACGUGAUCUAUUUACUGUGAAAGCUGCAUUGUAAAAAUCGUUAUACAGAAUCAUCUACAUCGCUGAGCUGCUGCAUCAUCAGUAUCGCCUGGCUACAUCACUGAGACUGUCGUGUAGUCCUAUCACCAUUCUUUAACUGAUCUGAGUCGUAACUGAAGUGUUAUGUAGUUAUAACAUGGGUACGGGAAUAUUGCUCCCAAAACGAACUGGGGUAAACUUGUCACUAUAGUCUAUGCCAUCCUUGGGAUUCCGCUAAUGCUGCUCUAUCUGACAAACAUCGGAGAUCUCAUGGCCAAGGCCUUUCGGUAUGUCUAUGGUCGUCUCUGUACCUGUAAGCCCAGCGACCCGUACCGACGGCGAAGAAACAUCGAAAAUUAUCGUGUCCACCAUAUAGUGGCACACAAUUCACCCAACACGCCAAAUGCUGUAGAACCUGGUGUCCAGGAUAAACUUCACGUGUCCCCUGAGGAAGAAGUUAGGAUUGAAACAAUUCCUGAAGAAUUCAGAGAAGGCUUAGAAUUUUCCAGCGAACGUGUGGCAGUGCCUGUCACAUUAUGUUUGUUGAUUCUUGUGGGGUACAUCUUAGGAGGAGCGGCACUUUUUUCCAUGUGGGAGGGCUGGGGAUUUUUAGACGGUUCAUACUUCUGUUUCGUCACGCUCAGCACUAUUGGUUUUGGGGAUCUAGUUCCUGGAGACGCCAGGGGGCUUGAAGAUGGUAGCGCGCAUGCACAAGAGAAACUGGUUAUAUGUUCAUUGUACUUAUUAGUAGGGAUGGCUUUGAUUGCCAUGUGUUUUAACUUGAUGCAAGAGGAAGUCAUUCACAAAGUGAGAAACUGUGGACGACGGAUAGGCAUCAUUGUCGAUCUGGAGGUCGAGGAUAACGUCGCAUGAUCUGGAUGUCCAGUAGAACCCAUCAAAAUGAGAAGAUGUGGUGUAACAUAAUUACUCCGCCCAUUAUGUGGGAAACGUUAGGAGUACUGAAGGUUAAAGUCGCGUGCUAGGAACGAAAUAGAAGCCAAUCGGAAACACGUGGUAACUGAAGCAACUGAGGACUUCCGGAGUACCAUAGUCUAAGAUGUUUACGGUGCUUAAAGGUUAAGGGUAUUUUGAGAGACAAUUUCUAUUAACUGAAAAGGAAAGAAAUAAAAAACACUAUAUUUUUCAGCCAUGACUGACAGAAAGCCGAUUUGAGCCCGAAAAUUCCUCACAAGAAACCUUCUGCCACCCAUUAUCCCUCGCUCACUACCCCGGCCACGUUUUUGUUUGUGUUGUGAUUAAAUAGAAUGUUUGUAAGUACAGUUUGAAAAAGAAAAAUAUGUAUUGCAUGUCAUGUUUCUGGAAGAAGUUUCUGUGUUCCGAAACGUUAUGUAAAGAAAUAAAUGUCUCUUUUGGACAGCAUG